AUGGGAGGGAUCAGCGAGAAGUUGAAAGGACUAAAGUUUAUGCAAAGAGCGGAGAGAAAAAACAAUGGGGAUGGAGAGGUGUCGUUUUCGACGUACUUUUGCAAGAAAGGAAUUUUCAGUUACUGCAGCAAGCAAAAGAUCCACGAUAAGGAAGACGAAGCUCAAAAAAAGGCCAGGAACUAG